GAGCGUGUGGAACGCUGCGGACGAUCAGGUUGCACAGGAGCGCGGCGCGGAGGGCUGGCUGUCCCCACGUAUAAGGAGCCCGCUCGCCCUGAGAUAAAUAUUUGAACACAGCACAUGUAUAAGUAUGCAGUCUGCUCAUACACUCCUGAAAAAAAUUGUAAGAAGUUCUGUCCUUCCAUUUGCUGCACAGAAUGGGAUGAAAAAGGACUUUUUCCCACUCAGUAGAACUCUGAGCUUAUCGCUUUGCGUGAAGCAGGACAAUUCACGCAGUCCCUCAGAAAAAAUAGAUUUAGAUGGGUGGAAGAAGGUCAUGAAGUCUGGGUUGCAAGAAGUCAGUGAGACGGUCUCUGAGCAGAAGGAGCUCUCUGCUUUGGAUGGUGCACGUGAGCUUUUGGAGAUGUGGAGGCUAGCUGGCAGAUCCGUUCCAGAAAAUAUUACUGAAGAACAGCUAAAAGACUUUAUAGGAUGUCCUUCCAAGUCAGCCCAGAAGAAGUAUUUAAAAUUCUUGUACAUCAAGGAACUGAGAAAGAAAAGCGACAAAAGAAAGCUGAUUGAGAAAAGGGAAAGGCUGCAGGCACAAGAGCGAGAGUCAAAACCUGAUGAGACCAAAAAGAACUCAUUCAUGUGUUUUUGGGCCAACAGUAUGGAUAAAGCAUACAACUGGAGGGUUGCUCAGUCUAUGAUCUUUGGACAACCUCUUGUAUUUGACAUGUCUUAUGAAAAUGAUAUGACCAUCCGAGAAGUGGCAAAUACAGUGAAACAGAUAGUGUUAAGCGAAGGCUUCAAUCGAAGAUCUGUGGAUCCAUUCCACAUCCACUUCUGUAACCUCCAAGAGGACAGCCUGUAUCAGAAGGAAUUUAUUAAGCAUUACAGAGAGGCAUGGGACAGAUUGCUUGUCACUGCGACAGACCAGUGCUACACAGAAGUCUUUCCCAAAGAUAAGCUUGUCUAUCUGACUGCUGAUUCUCCCAAAGUAAUGAAAACAUUUGAUCAUGAUAAAAUUUACAUUAUUGGGUCAAUGGUCGACAAGAGCAUAAAAACAGGAGUCUCUUUAGCACGGGCAAAGCGACUGGGGCUGGAGACUGCGGCCCUUCCACUGGAGAAGUACUUGCUGUGGAGUAGCGGUGCUAAAAAUCUCACGCUGGAUCAAAUGAUGCAUAUUUUACUCACCUUGAAAGAUACUGGAGACUGGAAAAAGGCUCUGGAAUUUGUUCCAAAAAGGAAAUACAGUGGCUUUAUCAACAAGCCUGUCCAUGAACUGAAAAAAACCUUAAACCUGAUCAACACACUUAAACUUGGAAGGAGACAGGAAGAGCUACGAACGCGAUUUGCCAAGAGCUACUCUGAGAAGCUAACACGAAAAGUAGAGUGAUGGGGGCAGAGAAUGACUUUUUAUGGGCAAACUGUGCCAUUGAAUGUUCUAGUUUUCUGGAAAUGCAUUCAUCUGUAAAAACAUGCCUUUGUUGGUUAAAUUUGAGGGAGUUGCUACUAGCUGUUUUUUUUUUUUCCUUCGAUUACCUUAGUAUUCCAGUUGUUUAUUCACACGUUAUUGAAAUUGUGUAAUACACAAGAGUUAAUGUUAUCUGUUCUACAAAAAUAACUCUGUGCAAAGAGUAUCAGCCUGUUCCUUUGAACCAUGUUGAGACAAGGGUGAUUGUAACAAAGCAAAGGUGGUUCUUCAAAGACCACCUCAGGGCUUUGCGUUUGCAGUGCUGGGAGGCCAUCCACAGUCUCCUUGAAGUUUAGCUACAACAAAAUAAGAGACCUUUCCUCAUCACUUCCUGUAAUCCUGUUUUGGUGUGUAGAUGAACUGCCUUUUGAUAGCUGAAUUAAAAACAAAUGGUUAAAAUGUAGUAUGAAUUUGGGAAGUUAAACCAUUUAUUUCUGAGUGAAUCUGGCAUGAAUCAAGCUUCUAUUUGGAAGGGAUAAGCCCAAUUUCAUGGCUCCGACAAAAAACCCCAACCUG